AUGAGUACCGUUACGCUUCUGCAGCACGACCCGGCCGUGCCACUGGACCGGACUGUGGACCCGCUGGCGACCGUUGCGCCCGUCCCGGACAUCAUGAACACGACCACAAUGGACCCGAGGACCGCUUGCUACUACGGAUACGGAUGCAACGAUUUCGCCAAGCUCAUUGGCCUGCUCACUGGAAUCUUCUUGUGCGUUCUAUUCUACCUGGUGGUCUACAUGCUGUGGCGCUGCUUCUGCACUCCUCACAAAAAAUUCUAUCUGAGGAAGGUCGCGCCUGAUCAGCAGCGGCUGGUUGAGGAACAGCACCCGCACGAGUUGCCGGAGGCGUCGCCCAUCAGGACCAGGGACUUCCCCACAUUCAUCACCACCAAGCACAACUCAGCCAGCAACCACAACGUCAACGGCAGCUACGCCGGUGACACAAGCAGCUCGAGCAACACCAACGAGCACGUCCAUUCCACCACCUUCUUCGCCAACGACCCAAAAAUG